UUAGGGAAGCUAGCUCCAAAAUGGGUUCUACGUCUAUUUCGUGGGGCAGAUAAAGACUCUUUGUGAUUUCUUUUGCUUGUUUUGUUCAGUCAGGACAUUACCGGGAGGUCGUGUUGCUGUUAGGAUGGUCCAGAGCCUGUUCCGGUCGGGUUUUCUGGUGCGGGUCGGUCACACCUUGCUUACCUGGGUCGUAACCCUCAUUCUGUUCCUGCACAACACAGAUUUGCGGCGAUGUGAGGAGCGAGGAGAGCUGCUGCUGCCCGCACUGUUCUUCUUGCUGGUCCUGCUGUCGGUGCUUUUAUACUUCACCGUCUCUUUAAUGGAUCCUGGGUUUGUCCUCACUGACACGUUUAAGGGAGGUCAAGGGUCAGAUGAAGAAAUGGAGUCGAUGAUCCCUCAGCCAUCAACCCCUCGGCUGCGGCGCUGCGGGUUCUGCCUCCUUCAGCAGCCAAUGAGAGCGAAGCACUGUAAGACGUGCAAACACUGCGUGCGGCGCUUUGACCAUCACUGCCCCUGGAUCGAGAACUGCAUCGGGGAGAGGAACCACCGCUGGUUCGUUGUCUACCUGCUGGUCCAGCUGCUGGUGCUGCUGUGGGGCCUUCACAUCGCUCUCUCGGGGAUUUCUCCCGGCGUGACGUGGGAUCUGUGGUUCCGAGCGAACGGCUUCCUGCUGGCGGCGCUCGCCGUGGUCGGGGUUUUCUCCGGCGUCGUGCUGCUGCUGCUGGGCUGCCACCUCUACCUCGUCUCCAUCAACUGCACCACCUGGGAGUUCAUGUCCCGCCACCGGAUCUCCUACCUGAAGAACUGCGACGGCGAGGAGAACCCGUUCGACCGGGGCGUUUUCUGCAACCUCUGGGAUUUCUUCUGCAUCUGCAGGACGGUGAUGUGGGAGCAGGUCUACCAGAAAAACGCCACAGAACUCAACAAAUUUUAAUACGAAGGAAAUACUGACUUUUUGCAGGAGAAUUUUAGUUAUCUUUCAAGGAGCCAAAUUUUCUAUUUAUUAUUCAAAGAGUUCUGAAAAUGAGUAAACAGGCAGCAAAAGAUUAAAUUAGUUACAAGCAAAGCGUCACUGCAAAAACUCAAAGUAUUUUUGGUCUAUUCUACUAGAAAUCUGAUAAAAUAGGACAAAACUACCUUAAAAGUAACUUUUCAGCAAGAUACAAGAGCUUAUGUGCAAGUCAAACAGUAAAAUUGCUUACCAAGACCAUUGAGUCCAUUUUCAAAUAACAUAAUAAUAAUAGUGGAAUAAUAAUGCAAGUUUGUCCUUUUAAAGAUAAAAAACUUUAAUUUUGUCAGGAACAUUUUACACAGAAAUUGGACAAUAUUUUAAAUAUUCAGAAAAAAAUACAAAUCAUUGACCAAAACCAUUAAUUAAAUAAAUUAUGAAGUCUAAAAAUUUCAAUUUUUUUCUUCAAAAAAACUCAAAUUAAGCCUCAGAAUAGAAAUUAUUGAGCUCCUUCUAAUUUAACAUGCAACUAAUUGUUUAUUGCUUAAUAUUUAAAAUAUCUUCCAGAUCCAGUGUUAAGUGUACUUUAAAAAAUUAAAGUUUAUUAAUCUUUGAGAGGGUAAACUUGCAUUUUCACGCCAUUAUCUACAUAUUAAGAAUUGCCUAAAAACAUCAAUAUUAUUGUGUGUUGCAAUAAUUUCUGGGACAAUUUAUUGUCCAGAACAAUUAAUUUUUAUGACAGACCUCAUUAUAGGCGAAAUAAGACGUUUUUACCAUUUUACUUAAAAUAUGGCACAAAAUUUCUUAUUUCACUUAGUACUUUUACAAUCUCCGAUAUCUUGCUUAAAAGUUAAUUCCAAGUUAUUUUUGUCUUAUUUCACGUGUAGUAACUAGAAAUUAGACCAAAAAUACUUUGUUAAUAUUUAGUGUUUUUGCUGCGUUAACUUCUUAAAAGCCUAAUAAUUAUUGUUUUUUAAAAAGCAACUUUAGGUUUAAUAUGUUUAAAACAAAAACAAAACGUCUCAGUUUUGUUUUCAUCUAAUCAAAACCAAGUUUAAUGUCGAGUCCUUUUUCUGUAUUUACAGUUGAUUUUAGGAAACGUCGUCACCAGUGUGUCUGUAUGGGUGAUUUGACGUCAAAACGUUCAUUUUAUAAACACACCUAAUAAUCUGAUUGACUUUUGGUUCUUAUUUUUUAACAAAAGCAGAUUAUUGGUUUGACAAAAGCUCCUUAUUUUACUCAGGUCUGCUCAACACUACAUCACUAAAUGCCUUUUAAGCUCCAACUGCCUGUGUUAGUAAUUUAUUUUUAACUGUUCAACAUGAAAACAAAGAGGCGGACAUGUUUUUUUUACUGUACUGACUUGUUUUGUAUUUAUUAAUUACAUUAAAACACAUUUGAUAUG